AUGAAUGAAAUCCAAGACAUUGUGUUGGCGUAUGGACAGAGUGAUGAAUACAGCUACGUGUUUUAUUGGAAAGAGUAUUUUCCACUUAAAGAACUACUCUAUCCUCCUUCGUUUGAUGGACGUGUUGUAUUAUAUCCUUCAGAUAACAAUCUCAGAGAUUAUUUAAGUUGGAGACAAGUAGAUUGUCACAUUAACAAUUUAUAUAACACAUGUUAUUGGGCUUUGGUCCAAGCUGGGAAGACAAAAUUUGAGGCAGAAAAUAUUUUAAAAGGCACUGUUUCUUCAGAAAAAAAUGAACUACUUUAUUCUCAAUUUAACAUCAACUACAACCGCCUACCGGCGAUGUAUCGUAAAGGUUCGGUGAUAAUCAGACAAGAGGUUGAAAUGCAAACAACUAACCAAAAAGGCAUCGAAGUUACAAGGAAGAAAAAUACUAUUUCGGUACUACAUGAUGACAUCAUUGGUGACAAAUUUUGGAAAGAGAAUCCAAAAUUGGGCGUAAAGGUCGACACCCAGUAA